AUGAUAGGUCAGCUGUCAAACAGACAGUUCUUGAAUAAGCUCUACUAUGCAUCUGCUUGGAAUCCUCAGCAGAAUCUAGCUUACAAUUUUGGUUUAUGGAAUUACUGUACUGGUGGUAGCGGUGGUGGUGUUGCAAGUUGUGCCCAUCCUACUCCAGCUUACAAUUGGGCAAAGACUCCAAACAUUGUUGGCCUUGUGCCCCACUUGGCCAGCAGUUGGAUGGUUAAAGGUCUCUUUUUAGGUUUGUUCAUUUUGGUCUUUAUUGCUCUCGGAUUCAGUUUCAUCUUCUGGCUGAUGAGUCUUCCCAUCUGCUGCUUGAAGAGACGUGGAUGGGGUUAUUCGAUGUCUACGCUAGUAUUCAUCAACUUUAUGAUCAUGUUGGUUGCUUUGAUCUUGGCUCUUAUUUUGGUAUUGGCUGGUAUACAGCAGAUUACGAGUGCGGAUAAUACUUGGCAUGCUCAUGCUGGUAAUUCACUUUGGCUGACCAUUGGUGCAACUUUGUCAUUGCUUGCUUCUUUCCUCUGCUACUCUGGCGGUGCCUGCUUUGGCCGCAGGAAUCGCACUGCCUAUGACGAUAAUUACAAUGGCGGUUCUACUAGUCGUCGUGGAUGUUGCGGUAUCGGACGCAGGAGAAACAAGGCUCAAGUUGAUCCCAACUACAAGGACAACACUGGCUAUGACAACAAUGUGAUUCCUGGUACCAAUCAACCCUUAUAUGCUGCUUCUCCUGUAUUCCAACAUACGCCACAACGCGCUCAAGACCCCAAUAUGCUGCAACAACCUUACAUGGUGUCUCCCUCUAUGGGUCAGCAGCAAUUAUCUCCCGGUAUUUCACAUGCUAUGCAAAGUGGACAAAAUUAUGAUCAUAAUGCAAGCAACAACAUGGGUGGUGCUACCACCACCGCUACUGGCGCUGCUGAUUCAAAUGAUCCCAAUUCAGUUUCUGUUCCUAUGCAUGGCUAUCAAACACCUGUACUUCAGCCUGCAAACACACCUCAGUAA